AUGGACGGCUCGUCACCGAGGGCCUCAGCCCUUGGUUCGUGCGAGGUUCGAACUCCACGCCCCGAACAGGACGCAGGGGUCGACCUCGAUGAGCGCGCGGCUCCGGAGAACGCCGUCGCCUUUUUCGAGGCUGCUCAGUCGCUAAUCAGACUCGCUGCCACAGGGGCGGCUGCGCCCGCGGAUGAGGCCUUGCCAUGGCCUCCUCCUACGUAUGUGACUCCCGCCAGGUCGGCGGCGCAGAUUCUUGCUUCUGCGUAUGCGUACGCGAGCUUGCCCUGCCCCCGACUCCCGAUUGGCUGUCAGCCCGUUGACGCGCGGCUGAAUGGAGGCUUACCGGCAGGCAUGGUGGUCGAAGUUUCAGGCAAGGCAGGGAGCGGAAAAACGCAGUUCGCGCUGUCGCUUGUCGCAGAGACUGUGCUUCGCUGCCACCUGGACGGAGGGCGACAGGAUCGUCCAGCUUCGGCUAAUAGUGAGCCUGGACCAGAAGAUCACUCAGGUGCGCUCAGCGCCAGCCUGCGAGCCCCCCCUCCUCACGCAGGUCGAUUUCCUGCCCCUGCAGAGCUUUCUGCGGAGGCGGCGAGGCCCACUGCCGUGUUUUACAUCCACACAGAAGGCGGCUUCCCAGUCAGACGUCUGUACGAGAUCAUGAAGACCCGGCGCGACAGACUCGCACAAGGCCAUGCUCCCGGCACGGAGGCCUCUUCGAAAAGGGGCAACAGGGAUCCUGGCCGCCAAGUAGCAAUGCCGUACACCAAGUCACUCAUGCAGCAGGUUUUUAUGGAAGAAGUUGCGACUGAAGAGGAGCUCUGGAUCACGUUGACUCAUCGGCUGCCGAGGCUGUUUCUGUCCUACCGCGUGGCGCUCAUCGUGAUUGACUCCAUCGCAGCCGUUUUCCGCCUGCCGGCUUCGACCGCGGAGCCGCACUCAGGCCCCGAGGCCUCGGCGGCCAAAAAACACGUCGGGCUGGUGGAUCGCGCCACCAAGCUCAUGCGCGUUGGAGCCGUCCUGAGGAGAUUCGCUGGGAUGCACCGCUGUUGCUGCCUCGUUCUCAACCAGGUCAGCGACGCCACGUCCGAGGACGACGAACUCUGCAAAGCGACCUGCGGCGGCUCCAGCGGCUGCGGCGCUCCAGCCGCCGCGCAGGCAGAGGCAGGUCCCGGGCCCGCCGCAGAUGAGAUCAGCCAGACGGAGACCGCCGGCGCGGAGCCGCUCGGCGCGUGGCGCCCUCUGUCUGAAGGGAUCGACGGCCAACUUGUCUGGUCCGCCCGCCAGGUGACUCCCGGCCCGAUUCUCUUUGGCGGGGAAGAUCCAGGCGUCCGCCCGGCGCUGGGGCACACGUGGAGCAACUGCGUGGACGGCCGCUUGAUGAUUCAUAAAAUGAACUCACGCUAUAUCCCGUCUCUCGACGACGUUAGCGGUAGCGGGGAGGGGGAGGACUCAGCGGCGUCUUCGCUCUCGGGUGGCGCGCUCAGGUGUCUGCGCGUCGUCUUCGCCUCCGGUGUUGACAACGGACACGACAUCUUCUUCAAAAUUGACGCCAGUGGCGUCGUCGACCCGUGA